CCAUGGCGGAUCAUUUUGAAAAACUAUGUUCUUUUCGGUUUUUAAAAAGUUUACAAGUUGAGAAAUAUAAGUCAAAGAGGACUGGAGUUACUCUGUGUUUUGUUGACGUACCUGGACCGCUUGUUAAUGGAUUUUUUACCUUAGCAACUGAGGCACAUGAUGAUGAUGGUCUGCCACACACAUUGGAACAUUUGGUGUUUAUGGGCAGUGAAAAUUAUCCGUACAAGGGUUUACUAGAUCUUUUUGCAAACCGAUGUUUGGCACAAGGAACAAAUGCUUGGACAGACACGGACCACACUUGCUACACAAUGACAACAGCUGGCAGUGAAGGAUUCUUAAAUCUUUUACCAAUAUACCUUGAUCAUAUUCUGUACCCUACAUUAACGGAAUCAGCCUAUCUAACUGAAGUUCAUCAUAUCAAUGGUGAGGGGGAAGAUGCUGGUGUUGUUUAUUCUGAAAUGCAGGCCAGAGAAAAUACAGGAGAAAGUCGAACGCAUCUUACGUUUCUUAGAAAUAUGUAUCCCGGAAUCUGUGGGUACAAGUCGGAAACUGGUGGAAUAAUGGAAAAUCUACGAACUUCUUGUAGCCACAAAAAGGUGUGUGAUUAUCAUCAUCAAUUCUAUCGUCCUGAAAACUUGUGUUUGUUGAUCACUGGACAAGUAAAACCUGAAGAUGUUUUUGAGAGGAUGAAAUCAUUCGAAGAAAAAAUACUUUCUAACGAUAAACGUCCAACUCAUGUGAGACCCUGGCAAAGUCCAGUCCCAAAUUUACCGGAAUCAAAGAUAACGAAAAUUCAAUUUCCUUCCGAUGAUGAAGAAACUGGCCAGGCGCUCAUUGGCUACAGAGGGCCUAAGGCAACUGAUGAUUAUUCUAUUGAGGCAAUAAAAGUCAUUAUGACAUAUCUUACAGACUCUCCUGUUGCCACACUGCAACAAAUCUUAGUGGAAUGUCCUGAACCUUAUUGUAGCGAUGUUAGUUUUGAUUUCAUUGAAAACUCCGAAGGAUGUCUUUAUAUCACAGCUGAGAAUGUUCCUACGGAAAAACUAGAUGAUGUUAUACCAAGGAUAACUGAGGCAAUUCAGGAUAUAGUUAAAGGAAAAGUUGAAUUGGAUAUGAAAAGAAUGUCUGCAGUUAUCCAUCGAGAGAUCUUGGAUGCUAUGGACAAGAUUGAGGAUAAACCACACGAGAGUUUUGCUGGCUUCUGUAUCGGAGAUUUCUUAUAUUCCACUCAACCAAACCAGCUUUUAGAUAAAGUUGAUACAAUACGCCACUUGAAGGACUUGGCUCAGCAAUCUCAAGAUUUUUGGAUUAAGUUUUUAGACAAAUACUUUGUUAAUGCAACGUCCAUAACCGUCAUUGGUGAGCCAAGUCAAAAGUUAAUGGCGGAGAUGUCGAAAAUAGAGGAAGACCGUGUAAAACAACAGCAGGAGAGGCUGGGGCCUAAUGGUUUAAAAGAACGAGGGGAAAGAUUAGAAAGAGCAAACAAGGAGAACGGGAUUGAGCCGCCAUCAGAGUUGGUCAGUAGUCUUCCUAUACCCUCCAUCUCAAGUAUCAACUUUCAUGAUGUGAAGACCGCAAGUAAUCUCGGGAAUAUAUCUGAUGACGUCAUCAUCUCAAAAUUUCCAGUCAACAAUAUACCAUAUUCAUUCCAGUUGGAUCAUAUUUCUUCUUUGUUUAUUGAGAUAACUGUCCUUCUUGAUACUAGUGUUCUUCCUGAUGAUCUUAAAGACUACCUCAGUCUAUAUAUUGCAGUAAUACUGGAAUCACCUGUCCUAAGAAAUGGAGUGGUGAUAUCACACGAGGAUAUUGUUGCCCAACUUACACAAGACACGCUAGAUUAUGGCACUUCUCUCGGACUCAAUGGCAGAAGAUUCUCACCUGGAAAGUUUCCACAACUUGCCGUUCUCAGAUUUAAGAUUGAAACGGAAAAGUAUAGUGUGGCUAUUGAGCUACUUCGUGAUUUAUUGUACAAUGUGCAGUUUACUGUUGAAAGAAUUAAGGUCGUCGCUAAAAAGAUGAUUAAAGAAGUAACUCAAAUGAAACGGCAGGGUCGCACUAUUGUGAAUGCUUUGAUUAAAGACAACACAUUUUCCUCUGAAAGUCCAUACCGAUCCUGCAACUUCAUCCAUCAACAACAAUUUUUGAAUAAAAUAUUGAAAGAAGUAAAAAACAAUCCUGAUAAGAUCAUCUCUGAUUUGUCCAACCUGCGUGAAAAGCUGACCGAUCACAAGAAUUUACGUGUUCACGUGACCACGAAUGUCAACAACCUUCCAGCGAAUGCCCACAACAUUUGGGAAAGUAAUUUUAUCCCAGGAAUACCUGCGGCCGCUGCUAAACAAAUGGUAGAUCUACAGCACGUGAGUGUUUAUCUACGACAAGAUGAUAUCCAAAGUAAGAUUAUCGGAGUUGGUUCAGUGGAGUCUUCUUUCCUUAUUCAAUGCUGUCCUGGUAUUCACAGUUUUACUCAUCCUGAUUUCGCUCCUAUCAUGGUUUUUAUGGAGUGCUUGAUUGCUUUGGAGGGUCCUAUGUGGCGUCAAAUUCGUGGCUUAGGUUUAUCGUACCAUUACAGCAUGUUUUGUGACCCAGGACAAGGAUUGAUAUACUUCAUCUUAUUUAAAGCAAGUCAUCUUGCCAAAGCAUACGAGAAAGCUGAUGAAAUAAUGAGUGAUUACUUGUCUGGAAAGGUCCCAUUUGAAGCGGUCCAGUUGGAGUCUGCGAUCAGCAGUGUUAUUUUUGAAAUCAUUGGCCAAGAAGAGUCAGUCGGUGACGCUGCGUUCGAGAAUCUGUUGUCAGGGUUAAGAAAUGUUGGAAAAGACUUUAAUAAACUUUUGUUAGAAAAGAUUUCUAAAGUUUCAUUGGAAGAUUUGAGACGUGUUGGAAAGAAAUAUUUCACUAAACUUUUCUCGGUGGCGCAAUCCAACUGUGCUGUUUGUUGCCAUCCUUCAAAAGUUGAUGAAAUUCAAACCUCCUUUCAAAAAUUUGGUCGGGAACUUAUCGUCGUCUCGUCAUUGGAUGAGGAAAUGAAAUGAUAACCGCAUGAGAAAAGAGAUGAACCACAGUGGUAGAUAG